AUGGUUCGGACGGUGGUGGGUGAGACCAAGUCGAUAGCGGUCACAGAAGGAGUGCACCAAGGUUCUGUAUUGAGCCCUUUUCUGUUUUGUUUGGUUCUGGACUCACUCACUGAAGCGGCACAGAAUUCAGCAACGUGGACAUUUAUAUACGCUGACGAUGUAGCCAUCUGCACAGACAGCCGCGCUCACUUGAAAGAGGCACUCGUGUCGUGGAAACAUCAGUUACAGACCGGUGGCCUUGUGCUGAGUGUGGCAAAGACUCAGUUCAUGUCCUUCAACGACCCAGAUACAAACAACAGUCCGAUUUCCAUCGAUGGACAAUUGGUCAAAUCGUGUGAUCAAUACAAGUAUCUGGGUAGUAUGAUAAGCGGUUCUGGGGACUUGGAAAUUAACAUUCAGCACCGAAUAGCCGCAGCGUGGCUAAAGUGGCGAGAAGUGACUGGUGUCAGGUGCGAUAAGAGAAUGCCGGUCAAACUUAAAAGGUUUAAUCUAUAA